CGCCGGUGGCGACGCAUUUGCGCCCUUUUGACGGUAACGUCUCCGAUAACGCGCGAACUUUGUGAGUGAAGUGACAAAUUAAAAAUGUUGAAUUAGUGAGGUGUGACAAAAGGAUUUUAUUGUUUGGAUGCAAAGUGAUGUGAGACCGCACGAUGGAGGAAUACUUCGACGACGUGUUCCUAAACGCGAGCACGAACGGCAGCGGGCGCUCCGCCGGCUACGGCGAGCCCGAGUCGCUGGACCUGCUUGUGCCGCUCAGCAUCACCUAUGCCGUCAUCUUCGUCGCUGGCAUCCUCGGCAACAUCAGCACCUGCGUCGUCAUCGCCAGGAACCGCUCCAUGCACACCGCCACCAACUUCUACUUAUUCAGCCUAGCCAUCUCCGACCUGAUGCUCCUAGUCUGCGGCUUGCCUUUCGAGUUCCAUCGGCUAUGGAACCCUUACACUUACCCGCUAGGAGAAGCACCUUGCAUAAUCCUCGGUCUAGCUUCAGAGACAUCAGCUAACGCUACAGUGUUGACUAUAACAGCUUUCACAGUGGAGCGAUACAUCGCGAUCUGCCGUCCGUUUAUGUCGCAUACGAUGUCGAAGCUUUCCAGAGCUGUCCGUUUCAUAGUAGUGAUAUGGUUCAUGGCGCUGUGUACAGCCGUGCCGCAAGCGAUGCAGUUCGGUCUAGUGACGUACGUGGAGAACGGGCAGAGUGUGUGCGCGUGUACAGUGAAGGGUCACGGAGUGCAUCAAGUGUUUGUGAUAAGUAGUUUCGUGUUUUUCGUGGUGCCGAUGUCGGUGAUAACGGUGUUGUACGCGCUGAUCGGCGUGAAGCUGCGCACGUCGCGGAUCCUGCACCCGGUGAAGAAGCUGUCGGUGGAGAGCAACGGCCGCCCGGCGGGCGCCAUCCGGUACAGGAACAGCGCCUCGCAAAGGAGGGUCAUACGAAUGUUAGUGGCGGUGGCGCUGUCAUUCUUCGUGUGCUGGGCCCCCUUCCACGUGCAGAGGUUGCUGGCCAUCUACGGGAAGAGUCUGGAGCACCCCACUGACACUUUCUAUCUGGUAUACAUCGUGCUAACGUUUCUGUCGGGGGUGCUGUAUUUCCUGUCGACGGCCAUCAACCCCUUCCUCUACAACAUCAUGUCCAACAAAUUCAGAAACGCUUUCAAGGUGACCCUGUCCUCCUGGUGCGGGCGAAAGAACGCGCCGCGCCUCGGCCGCACAUACAGCGCACUGCUCGCGUCGCAGCGUUUACGCGCGGGAGACGACCGUAUACGCAGCGGCCGGCGCCUGCGCCGCCUCUCCACCGCCACCACGCAGCUAUACGACGCCCCGCCUCGAGCGCAGUGUUUCAACGGAAGGGAGCUCACAGUCGUAAACGAGAUCCCGAGUGGCAACGGGCACUGGGGUCGCCCCUGGCUUCGGGACCCUUCAGACUCCGUCGGGUCUCCUCGGAGCAUCUCCAAUUCUUCCCUUCGAGAAGUCGACGAUGAGCUCACGGGCGAAGAACUGGCGACUUAUAUGUACCAAGUGAACUGUAACAUCGGGGGCCUGACUUGAGAAACGCCCCUCUAAAGCUAUGGACUGGCUUUAGGGGGAACGGUGGCCGAGGAAUUUAUGUUCGUAAUCUUGAUUUAGUAUUGAUAUGAUAUUUGAUACGCUUGUACUUAACGCUAGAAAUUUAGACACUUUCGUGCGCGACUAAGUGAAUGUUUUAUCAUAUCAAUAUCAAAAUCAAAACGGAUUUUAAAAUGUGAAUACACUCGAGCUGUUUGAUGAAAAAAUUGGGUCCCUGGAAGGGUUAGUAUUAUGUUAGACAAUAAUGAGUUUAGUAAUGUGGAAAACCUUUUAUUAUUGUAACUCGUAAGUAGUUAGCAGAGAUAAUUUGCUUAUGUUAAACUUGUUAUAAUAUUUUGAGUGUUAAUGCGAAUUAUUUGUUUUAAAAGCGUUAAUACAAAGAUCGAAGAAAAAAUAAGUUGUAAGAAAUCACCGACAAUAUUAUAGUUAAUCUUACUACAUUGCGUUUGAGUAUAUAAGUAUGUUUGAAAAAUACUUGAAAGAUAUGCAUCUUUCUUAUAUGGAUCUUGUCAAUAAAAAGAUGAGUGGAGAAGCGAUAAACUGUCAAUCAAAAAAAGAAUUGGUUAUAGUUAAAUCCAGAAGACAGAAAAAGAGAUACAUAGCAGGACGUAUCU